AUGGAGUUCAACAUCAACCGCGACUUCAGGAUUUUAAUGAGAGGCAAACCCAACCGACCGGACGCGGAUAACUUUGACAGAGAGAGUGACCGCCCCCGAUCCCUUCUUCUAGACAAGGUCAUGCAAGGUCGACCCAGGGCAUCCAGCUGCAAGCUUCUCCGCCUCCCCGCCGAGAUCCUUGCCAAGGUCGUUGACUCGCUAGACGACACGGCAUCGCUGGAAUCCCUCGCCGAGGUCAACAGUGAUUGUCAGCAACUUGCUUGUUGCUCUCAUUUUGCACAAGUCACUUUCGAUUACAGCCUCGAAGCAAAACGAUUUGCAUUCGAUCUCGUGGAGGACAAGAAGGCUAGAUCCAUUCGUGGUUUUUGCAUCCGCAAAGUUAUAUGGGCACCUGACCCGCAACAUGUCGCGAACAACCAUCGAGAGCUCUAUGAGGCAUUCUACGACGAAGAGGUUGAACCACUCACCGACGAACAAGAACAGGUUCUCUAUGAUGAGGCGUGUGCGGAGUACGUCGAGGCGCGUGCAGCUACAGUCGAAGCUAUCUCAUCGUUACCCAAUCUUGAGACCCUCGUCUGGAAAGAUGAGUUUUCUCUGGAUAAGAACUUUUUCGAAAAGAUAACGCGCUGCUCGGCGCGACAUAUCGAGCUGGACAGGCCGGCGAUUGAUGACGCGUGGUCUUUGACGCCACCUCUUACGCCUUCGACUUGGCCGCUCAGGUCUCUCAAGCUGGACGUUAGUUUGGCACACGACAAAUUGAGAGAGAUUAAAAAUAAAGGCGAGACGGGAACGCAUCCGAUGACGAGAUUUUUCUCGACUUUGUUUCAUCUCUGUUCGUCUACCCUCGAGUCUCUGACGUGGACUUAUUCGGGAGAAAUCAGAGAUAAGGACGUCCCUAUUUCGAUCGGAGAGACAGCUGUGUCAUUUCCUCGCCUGCGAUACUUGAAGCUCCGAUGCGUCAAGCUCGACAGCGUUGCCAUAUCGUCUUUUCUCACGGCGCACCUCACGUCUCUUGGCUUGGACGAAAUGGUACUGACUAAUCCCUCGACCUCUACUUGCGAGCCUUUACGAGAUCUUGAGGACUUUGCUGUUUCUCAUCCGCCAACAGAAGCUCCAGCUUGUGAGCGCAUCGCAGAGUUCAUCUCGCAGCAUACGGGAUUGCGCAGACUAUAUUUCCAAGAGAACCUGGAAGGAAUUAAGUAUCUGGAUAAUAUCAUUCUCCCCACACUCAGCGGCCUUGAUUUUGGCAAUCUCAAAUCUUUAUACCUCGCAUGGGGAAAAACUCAAAUCCCCGACGAGUCCCUCCAAAUGAUUGCACGACUUGCUUCUCUAGAACAACUGAGUCUCCGUGCUGGAAGACCUUGCGAAUGGAAAUACUACUGGGAUGUAGAUCAUGACAAGCUCCGUCAUCACCUCCGCCCGCUCCAAAGACUCACCAAGCUGGCAUUGGCCCACGACACGUAUCCCCUUGACGUGGAUAGCCUCCCCACCGGAUUCUACUACCACUGUCCCAUACCACCCGAGUCUGUGGAGAAAGCCAACGCGAGACCCGAGCUUGAUAGGGAAGAGAUGACUGACGGAGUGGAGGAAUACACGACGAGAUGGGAGAGGACCCAUCGGAACCGUAUGCUUGAUCAAGCUGAGCAGUACGCUGCCAUCUUUCCGAAACUUGCGUGGAUGUUUUGUGGGCAGCGGCCGAUGGAGUUUGUGAGAGCGUCUGAGGGAAAAAACGGGCUUCCAAAAGCAAUACCUUUGACUAAGGAGAGGGACCAGUGUCGUACAUAUCUAGAGACACUUUUUAAAGCCUCUGACUAG